AUGCCAACCAAAUUAACUUAUUAAAGGAACAAUUAAUUUAAUUCAGUAAAAUACCUCUAAUGCAAGUAUCUUUUGGGAAAAUUUGAUUAGCUAUAAUCAAAUAAUAGUGCAGAGAGAGAAUAUAUGCAAUUUGGAGUAUUUAUUUAUUAAAUUUAAUUUAAUUUCCCCAAAAUAAAUCAUCAAGAAGUUAAAUAAAGUGACGCAAACAAAAUGACUUUCUAAAUUCACUAUUUUUAAAAAACUCCUACCAAAUUAAUUGAAGUCAAAAAUCCUAUUUUUUAACGCUGGACAAUUCUAAAUUUUAGGCUUGCCAUUAAAUGCAGAGUAAUUAAAAACACUACUCUAAAUUUAUCCUACAAAAUAAAAAAAUAAAGUAGCUCACAAAUUGAAUAAAUUAGAACAAAAAAUAAAUUUUUUUAUCAUUCUAGCUUAGUAGAGUGGUUUGAUGAUUUAAAAUAGCACUUUCUUUCCGUUCUUAUGAAUUUUGUCACCAAGUUUGAAUUUUGCAGUAAUUAGAAGUCAAUAUCGCAUUGA